GAAUUCCGAUGCUUAAUUGGCCCUAGCCAUGUUCAGUUUCAAGGAUAUGCCUCCGUCCGCAUCUUCCCUGUUCGCGGCCUAUGCCUCCUUCGCCACUUCCAUGAUGAUGAUGAUCCGUUCCAUAACCAACGACCUUCUUCCUCCCAAACUCGUCUCCUUCAUCUCCUCCAUUUUCAACUAUUUUUUCACACCUAAAUCCUCUCCUCACACCACCCUUGUCAUCAAGAAUAAGACUAACUACGCCAAAAACCAGGUCUUCGAUGCUGCCGAGAUCUACCUCCGUACCAAAAUCAGCCCCUCAAUGGACCGCCUCGAGGCCUCCAAAACUCCCAGGCAGCACAGAGUUUCCCUCUCCAUGGAUAAGGAUCAGGAAAUUGUGGAUCAAUUUCAAGACAUUCAUCUCAAAUGGCGCUUUGUCGCCGAGAAAAAGAAGGAAGAUCGUCAGCAUAUCGAGGAGAAAAGCCAGCUUGUUUUCCAUAAGAAAUUCGUGGAUAAAGUCGUGGAUUUCUAUUUGCCUUACAUCUUACGGAGAGCCAAGGAGAUCAAAGCCACGGAGAAUGUUUCCGAACUCUGUAGCCAAAAUUUACCGUACAGUGAUGAUUCUGGUGAAGAUAGAUGUCGAGGGCAUUGGGGAUCCAUCGGUCUGGGACAUCCGGCGACGUUCGAUACUCUGGCGAUGGAUCCUGAUUUGAAGAAGAUGAUAAUCGAUGAAUUGGAUAGAUUCUUGAAGCGGAAGGAAUUUUAUCGCAAGGUUGGAAAGGCUUGGAAGAGAGGCUACUUGUUGUACGGUCCACCUGGUACGGGGAAAUCGAGCUUAGUCGCCGCCAUGGCUAAUUACCUCAAGUUUGAUAUCUACGAUUUAGAUCUCACAGAUAUCUGCAGCAAUAGCGACCUGAGAAGAUCGUUACUCUCCACUUCUAAUCGCUCGAUUUUGGUGAUUGAGGAUAUCGAUUGCAGCGUUAAUUUGCAGAAUCGGGCCAAUAGCGAUGACGAAAGUGAAAAUAACGACGAUUACAGAAGCAAGUUGAUGCUGUCUGGUAUGCUUAAUUUCAUGGAUGGAUUGUGGUCGAGCUGCGGCGAUGAGAGGAUCAUCGUCCUCACGACGAAUCACAAGGACCGAUUGGAUGCAGCGCUGUUGCGACCUGGUCGAAUGGACGUCCAUAUAAACUUGAGCUACUGCACCUCAAAGGCGUUCGAGACUUUAGUCACCAAUUACCUCGGCGGCGGAGCUAUUCAUCACCCGCUGUACGAAGAAAUCGAAGCGCUGGUCGAGCACGCCAAUGUGACUCCGGCGGAGGUUGCGGAAGAACUGAUGAAGGACGACGACAUUGACAUCCUGAUGGAAGGUUUAGCCAAGUUUGUGAAGCGAAAGAGAGAGGAACAGAAUGAUGGAAAUAUGGCGGCGGAGGAAGAGGUCAAUGAGAUAGUGGAAGAACGGUGAAGAGAAGAAAAGGCGGCGGCGGAGUUAGAAGGUACGGAAGAGGACUUGGAAUUGGAAAUGGAGAUCGUCGGUGGCCGUCGUCGAAGAAAAUGGAAGUCUACCAAGGCGAAGAAAAGAACAGAGAAUUUUGAUGGAAGUUAGAGCAUCGGAGAAAAAAAAAAAUAAUAAUUUAAGAAUAAUUCCGAGAGUUUAUUUUUAUUUAAUUUUUAUAUAGAUUGGUAUAUUGUACGACA